AUGGCAGCAAACCUAUCUUCUAAAACAGAGUCCAAUCUCUUAAGAACCACCUGGCAUAAAGCCUCAGAUGGAUCAGCAAGAGAAGGGGUCGAUGACAUGGAAGGGAGAUACAGUGAACUGGAUGGCAGAGAUGAUGUCAAGGCAGCAAACGAUGACGACACAGACGAGCAAGGCAGUGCCACAGAGACAACUCGGAGUGACGUCAUUGAUGGAAGAGACAUCACAAGCGGCAAGACAUCACGGCUGCCCCUCGAUCCAAAAGGGAAGCAGACGCCACUGGCGGAGGGAUACAAAAUGGCUGAUCCUGGAUUUGUUGUAGGGUUCAGUGGCAGCAAAAUAUUCUGUCUACAUAUCUAUAGCAUGUCAACUAUUGAAGUUCCUCAGUCUGCUCCCAUGUACCAGUACUUGGAUAAGAAAUUGUACAAAGAGGCGUAUGAAAUUGCUUGCUUAGGGGUAACUGAUGGUGACUGGGAAACUCUAGCUAAGACUGCUUUAGAAGGCCUUCAGUAUGACAUUGCAAAGAAAGCCUUCACACGCAUCAAAGCUCUGAAAUAUUUAGAGCUGAUUAACUCUAUUGAGGAACGACGGCAUAAAGGAGAAGUUGAUAACACUAUAUUUUUGGGUGAUAUUCUUGCAUAUGAUGGCAAGUUCUCAGAGUCGGCUAAACUGUAUCGUAAGAGUGGUAAUGAUCAACUGGCGAUGAAUAUGUAUACUGAUCUCAGGAUGUUUGAUUUGGCUCAGGUGAGUUAUUUUUCUUUUAUUUUAAAUACAAGUAGAAGGAAAUUUAAAGGGCAGAGUCAUCGUGGACAUUCCAGAAUUAUAUUUUGA